GGAGCUGGCGAGCGCCGUGUCCGACGUGGAGCUGGCCGAGAGCUACCUGCUGCGCUUCGGCUACGCGUCGGCGGCGGAGAGGCGCAGCGGCGGGCGGCGCGCCGCGCUGGGCAGGGCGCUGCGCAGGAUGCAGCGGCGCCUGGGGCUGCCCGACACCGGGCGCCUGGACGCCGGCACGCUGGCCGCCAUGCGCGCCCCCCGCUGCGGCGUCCCCGACGUCGGCAGGUUCCUCACCUUCGAGGGGGACCUCAAGUGGGACCACACUGACCUCACGUACCGGGUCAUGAACUACUCGCCCGACCUCGACCGCGCUGUCAUCGACGACGCCUUCAAGCGGGCGUUUAAGGUAUGGAGCGACGUGACGCCCCUCACCUUCACCCAGAUCUACAGCGGCGAGGCCGACAUCAUGAUCAUGUUCGGCUCCGGAGAGCACGGGGAUGGGUACCCCUUCGAUGGCAAGGACGGGCUGCUGGCGCAUGCCUUCCCGCCCGGCGCCGGCGUGCAGGGCGACGCUCACUUUGACGAUGACGAGCUCUGGACGCUGGGCACCGGCAUCGAGGUGAAGACCCGCUACGGCAACGCCGGCGGCGCCAGCUGCCACUUCCCCUUCGUCUUCGAGGGCCGCUCGUACUCACGCUGCAUCACGGAGGGGCGCACGGAUGGGCUGCCCUGGUGCGCGACCACCGCCAGCUACGACGCCGACAAGCGCUACGGCUUCUGCCCCAGCGAGCUGCUCUACACCUACGGCGGCAACAGCGACGGUUCRCCCUGCGUCUUCCCCUUCGUCUUCGAUGGCACCUCCUAUGACGCCUGCACCACGGACGGGCGCUCCGACGGCUACCGCUGGUGCUCCACCACCGCCAGCUUCGACCGCGACAAGAAAUACGGCUUCUGUCCCAACCGAGACACAGCGGUGGUUGGCGGCAACUCGCAGGGCGACCCGUGCGUCUUCCCCUUCACCUUCCUGGGGCAGUCGUACAGUGCGUGCACCAGCGCCGGGCGGCAGGAUGGGAAGCUGUGGUGUGCCACCACCGCCAGCUACGAYGACGACAAAAAGUGGGGCUUCUGCCCCGACAGAGGUUACAGCAUCUUCCUGGUGGCUGCCCACGAGUUCGGCCACGCGCUGGGGCUGGACCACUCCAGCGUGCGCGAGGCCCUCAUGUACCCCAUGUACAGCUACGUGAAGGACUUCCAGCUGCAUGCGGACGACAUCAAGGGCAUCCAGUACCUCUAUGGUCGCGGCUCUGGCCCUGAGCCCACCGCCCCUGCACCCGUGCCCACCGAGGAGCCCGAACCUGAGCCCAGCGGUGAGCCCRAGCCUACCGAGGAGCCCGAGCCCAGUGAGGAGCCUGAGCCCGUGCCCACCGAGGCCGGCAGCGCCUCCACCACCGAGGAGCAGGAGGAGGAGGAGGAGGCGACGCCAGAGCCCACGGCCCAGCCCAGCCCUGUGGACCCCAGCCGCGAUGCCUGCGCGGAGAGGAGCUUUGACGCCAUCACGGAGAUCAACGGGGAGCUGCACUUCUUCAAGAACGGCAAAUACUGGACCCGCUCGUCCUUCUGGAAGUCGGGUCUCCAGGGCGCCUUCUACAUCGCGGACACCUGGCCCGGGCUCCCGGCCGUCAUUGAUGCCGCCUUCCAGGACGUGCUCACCAAGAGGGUCUUCUUCUUCGCUGGCCGGCACUUCUGGGUGUUUUCUGGCAAGAGCGUGCUGGGCCCGCGCGGGAUCGAGAAGCUGGGCAUCGGCAAGGAGGCCGGCCGCAUCUCGGGCGCGCUGCAGCGGGGCCGCGGCAAGGUGCUGCUCUUCAGCGGCGAGAGCUACUGGAGGCUGGACGUGAAGGUGCAGCGCGUGGACAAGGGCUACCCCCGCGCCACCGAUGACGUCUUCACUGGCGUCCCCCUGGACGCACGCAACGUCUUCCUGUACCAAGACAAGUACCACUUCUGCCAGGGCAGCUUCUACUGGCGCAUGACGCCGCACUACCAGGUGGACCGCGUGGGCUACGUCAAGUACGACAUCCUGCAGUGCCCGGAGCACUAGGACCCGAYCGGCCGCCCACUCCUGCCGGCACCACGCUCCCCCCGGGCUCCGGGUUCCCGCUGUUGGAGCUCCUGUGUCCCAGGACCGCGGCGGGAGCCGGUGCCUCUUGGCCACGGGGCGGCUCCUCUGCUCCGGGGAGCCCUGGCCAGGGAGCAGGACUCUGUCUGCAGCCUGCRGCGC